GGAAGUGAUGUCGCCCAGGCUGCUGCUGCUGCUGCCACCCAUGCUGUGGGGAGGGUUGCUGGCUCAGGGUUCAAGAAGGUCCCCGCGGCGGGCGCCUGUGACGGUGCAGGAGGGCCUGUGUGUCUUCAUACCGUGCAAAUUAUCCUACUACCCAGCUUUCUCUUCAUACCUGUUUUUGUUCAAGAAAGUAGUGGAUAUAAAGCAUGGUCUUCCAGUGGCCACAAACAAACCAAAUCAGGAGGUGCAGGAGAGGACCAAGGGCAGGUUCUUCUUUGUGGACUCCGAUGUCAGCAACUGCUCCCUGACCAUCAGAGAUGUCAACAUGAGGGACAACGGAAUGUAUUUUUUGUACACACAAGUGUUCAGUUCCCUCAAAUAUGCAUCUGAGAACUUCUCUCUGAAAGUGGAAGCCCUGACCCAGACACCUGACAUCUUCAUCCCGGGGACCCUGGAGUCCGGCCGCCCCAGGAACCUGACCUGCUCUGCGCCCUGGGCCUGUGAGCAGAACACACCCCCCAUCUUCUCCUGGACGUCAGCUGCUCACACCUCCCUGGGCCCCAGGUCUCAUCAUCUAUCCUCCAUGCUCACCCUCACCCCACGACCCCAGGACCACGGCACCAACCUUGCCUGUCAGGUGCAUUUUCCUGCAUCUGGUGUGACUGUGGAGACAACCAUCCAGCUCAAUGUCACCUAUGCCCCACAGAACAUGGCCAUCAGCGUUUUCCAAGGAAACAGCACAGCCCUCAAGAUUCUGCAAAACACAUCACUUCCCAUCCCAGAAGGGGAGGCUCUGAGGCUGCUCUGUGUGGCUGAGAGCAACCCGCCUGCACAGUUGAGCUGGGUCCGAGGGUCCCCAGCCCUGAACCCCACCCCCGUCUCCAGCACCGCGAUGCUAGAGCUGCCUCGUGGCCUGGGGACUGCGGAAGGAGAAUUCACCUGCCAAGCUCAGCACCCACUGGGCUCCCGGAGUCUCUCCCUCAGCCUCUUGGUGUUCUACCCCCCACAGCUGCUGGGACCCUCCUGCUCCUGGGAGGACCAGGGUCUGCUCUGCAACUGCUCCUCCCGGGCCCAGCCGGCCCCCUCCGUGCGCUGGCGGCUGUGGGAGGGGCUGCUGGAGGGGAACCACAGCAAUGCCUCCUACACCGUCACCUCCCGCUCAGCCGGGCCCUGGGCCAACAGCUCCCUGAGCCUCAGCGGGGAGCUCAGCGCGGGCCUCAGGAUCAGCUGCGAGGCCAGGAAUGUCCACGGGGCCCCGAGCGCCGCCGUCCUGCUGCUGCCAGGUAAACCAGAACCCAGGGCCAAAGGCGUUCUGGGAGUUGUUGGAGGAUCUAGCAUCAUGAUCCUGGCCCUGCUUUCUUUCUGCCUUUGUUUAAUUUUCAGAGUGAAGAUCUGCAAGGAAAAAGCAGCCCAGCUAGUGCAGAGCUUGGACAACGAUGUGAACCCAGUCGUGGGCUCAGGCUCCGGGGUGCAUCAGCACCAGUUCCAGACAGACAGCCCUUCAGCUCCCCCAGGCCCUGAUGGUGCUAGCCCCGUUGCAAACGAGGAGCAGGAACUCCACUAUGCUUUCAUCAGAUUUCACAAUCUGAAGCAUCAGGAAGAUGCCAACAUUGUAUACUCAGAGAUCAAGACACACAAGUGAAGAAUCAUUUUCUCACGGUUCGGAAGGCUGGAAGUCUGAAAUCAAUGUGUCAGCAGGCUUGAUUUCUUCUGCAGCUUCUCCCUUUGGCUUGUCUUCUCUCUGUGUCUUCACAUAGUCCUCCCUCUGAGUGUCUGUGUCCUAACCCCCUCUUCUUAUAAGGGUACUGCAUAUAUUGGAUUAAGACCCACCCUAAGACUCACGUUAAUUGAAGUAUCUCUUUAAAGACCUUACCUGGACACUUAACAGAGCUGCAAGGAUAAUUUAUGAGGUACUGAAGUUAGGACUCCAACUUGUUAAUUUUGUGAUUUUCAGCCCAGAAUCUCAGUGUCUGAUUAUGUUUAAAUUAAAGAUUUUCUUGGCAAUGGUCUGAAUCCCCUAGUACAUAUAAAGGACCACAGGACUUGUGUCCAAAAGAACUGAGUUCACAUCCAUCUAUACCACUUAUUGAGUGAGUCCAUUUAUUUCUCCGUGCUCUACUUUACUGUUCUGCAAAGCAGGGAAAUCAU